AUGGAUAACUCCACUUUUAUAAUAUCAUUAAUUAGUGGUGCCUGUGCAGGUACAUCCACCGAUCUUGCAUUUUUCCCCAUUGAUACCAUAAAAACCAGACUUCAAGCUAAGGGAGGAUUCUUCGCCAAUGGAGGAUAUCAUGGAAUUUAUCGAGGAUUGGGAUCUUGCGUAGUUGCCCUGGCCCCGCUGGCUUCCCUUUUCUUCAUCACGUACGAUUCCAUGAAGAUUUAUACUAAGCAAUAUAUUGAUUCACCAGUGCAGCGCCAUAUGAUUUCUUCCUCAUGCGGUGAAAUUGCCGCGUGUUUGGUAAGAGUUCCUGCUGAAGUUAUCAAACAACGUACUCAAACUGGGAGAGUAGGGCAUAAUGGUGUCAGUUCGAGUUGGUCGAAUUUCAUGUAUUUGAUCAAGGAUAAAUCGGGAGAGGGAUUAAUCCGAGGAUUGUACCGUGGAUGGAACACCACCAUAAUGAGAGAAAUUCCGUUCACAGUGAUUCAAUUUCCGUUGUAUGAAUGGCUUAAGGAGAAAUGGGCCAAGACUACUCAUAGUGCAGAAAAGCUUUCGGCAGUCAAAGGUGCCAUAUGUGGAUCAAUUGCCGGCGGGGUGGCUGCGGCCUUGACUACUCCGUUAGAUGUGAUCAAGACGAGAAUUAUGUUACAUAAGGAUAGAGUUAAUGUUGUCGAUGUAGUCAAGAGUAUUAUUCGCGAGGAAGGGCUUGGUACAUUCUUGAAUGGGAUCGGACCAAGAACUGCUUGGAUCAGUGCUGGUGGGGCAAUCUUUUUGGGUUGUUAUGAAUUAGUUCAUGCCAGUUUGAGCUAUUCCAAGGAAGAGAAGUUGCAAUAG